AGCUAACGUUGUCUUCUUGUUUCUUCUGGACUUUUUAUUUUAUUAUCGUCUGUAGAUUUAAAUUUGUCGCAUUAAUAUUUUUUAUGUACAGAUAAUCGUAGUUAAUUUUAAACAUUAUCAUAAAAUUUUCUCAAAAGUUUUUUCAAAUGAGUUCUAAACGCUCGAGCGUGUUGGCUGUCAAUUUCAGUGCUGCAACGACGUCGUCGCCUUCAGAUGGCAACCUUGGCACGUGCAAUGAACCAUCGCCAUCAGAAUUUGAAGAACUUUUGCAGUGCAUGAUUUGUUUCGAAUCAUUCAACGACCCCAAGAUCCUCAACUGUGCCCACACCUUUUGCGCCAAAUGUUUGGACGACUACCACGCCACGUACGCCACGCAGAAGAGAGCGGUUUCUGGAAAUAUUCCUUGCCCGACUUGCCGAGAGUUGACUCCCUGGCCUGAAAACGGAGUGGAAGGUCUCAGGAGAGAUUUCAAGAUUUAUCAGAUCGAGGAAUUGCUGAAGAAUAUGAGUGUCCUAAGUCAAUCAAAUAGUGGUCAGUCGUUGAAUGUUUGCAAUUAUUGCAACGCGCUGGAUAAAAAAGUUCAGGCUAAAAACUAUUGCUUCAACUGCGAGAAAAGUUACUGCACUCCAUGCAUGGGCAAGCAUUCGAAAAAUCAACUGUUCAACAAUCACAAAGUUAUAUCCCUUCCAACUAAAAAUAGUUCAGACUUUCCAUGCAAGUACCAUCCGAACGAGAUCAUAAAAUAUUUUUGCAAAAGCUGUGACACUGUUGCCUGCACUCUCUGCCUCUUAGAUCAACACAACAACCACAACGCAAUCGAAAUCAAGCAAAUGAUCAACGAACAGCUUUCUGACAUCAACUUUUUGAUGGCUGGCGUCAAUGAAAAAAAGGAUGAAUUAAUGAAAGAGUUAGAAAUAUUGGAGCCUAUCACGAAAAAUUGUUCCAAAUCAAUCGACGAAGCUGAAAAAUUGAUUAGAUCAAGAAGUGAAACAAUCAUAAGGGAGGUGAAAAAUAAAGAGAUUGUAAUGCUAAAAACUCUAGAUAACAUAAAAAACUCUAAAUUAAAACACUUGGAAAAAGAAAUAGACCGCAUAAAAUUUAAUUUGAACAAAUUAAAAGGAAUAGAAUCGAUGAUGAAAAAUUCAACGAUGACUCCAUCAAAAAGUUUGAGAACUUACGAUCUCUUGAUUCAACGAAUGAGAACAAUUUUAGACGUUGAUUCGCAGCUUGACGUCAAUAAUUUAUCUCAAAACUCAAUUUUCGUAAAAUUCAAACCUGGCUCAGAGGAAUUUAACUUUGGCAACCUUGACGAAAAAAGAUUUUCCAAUACGGCGCAGCAGUCACAAUUGAAUCAAACACCUGCAAGCUACCCAGAGCUGAGAAGUCGAUCAAAAACUCAGCCUAAUCUCGAACUGAACGAUCCAAAAUAUUUGAAGCCAUGUCUUAAAAGAUCCAUCAGUAAGGAUGAGAAUAGAGCCAAAUUAAAUUUUGAAAUCCUUGUGCAUGGCAGCAAAUCAGGCGAACUAAACAAACCAUUGUGGGUUGCAAGUCUCUUGGAAUAUAAAUUUGUUGUUUCAGAUGGCGGCAACAAACGACUUCAAAUUUUUGACCAACUAGGAAAAUCUGUAAACGUUAUUUUAGCGAAAUCCUUGGAACCACUGGGGAUUGCAGUGACAAUGAAAAAUAACAUCAUCACAGCCGACACCGAUCAAAAACGCAUUCAAGUAUUUUCUCCGGACGGCAAAUCGAUCUCGAAAUGGGGUCUCGGAAAGUUUUUUAACCCUUGUGGAGUUGCUGUCUGCCCGAAUGGAAGCAUCAUCGUUUCUGACGUCGGCGACAACUCAGUCAGUGUCUACAAAAACGAGAACACUUGCGUCUUUCGACUUGGAAUAUCAGCUCAACCUGAAUUGCAAUUUAAGGAACCAUUCUACGUAGCCUCGGGCCAGAACAAUGAAAUAAUUGUUUCAGACAGCAAGAACCAUUGCGUGAAAAUUUUCGACAGUGGGGGGCAAUUUGUGGCGAAAAUUGGAUCGGAAGGAUCAAAAGAUGGCGAAUUCAAAAGUCCGAGAGGCGUGUGCACGAGCGUUGAGGGCUACAUCAUCGUCGCCGACCAGGAAAACAACAGGGUGACCAUGCUGACGCGGGAGGGCAGCUUCGUGAAACAUCUCCUGACAUCAGCUGAUGGCAUCAAAUCACCGCAGGGGGUUUGCUUGACCAGGAAGAAAAAAUUAGCGGUGACUGAGUUCGAUCCACCGAAAUAUUCCACGUUGAAAGUUUUUGAUGUGACAAUUUGAGUACACGAAUGAGCAGUUUUGUACAUGUCAAAAUAAAUAAUAAACUCUAAAUAAAUAAAAAUGCCUCCGGCUGUGGUGUGACAAAUUUUCAUAUAAUAUUCACUGAAUUGAUGAUAUUCGCUAACCAAUAUUAAUUAAUUUACACGAAUGCCCUUACAAAUAAAAAUAAAUGUUCGUGAAAUGAAUGAAACACAUCUUUUUUUAAUGUACAUUUUAUGUGCUUUCAAUAAACCAAAACUGUUUUCUUCGCUAAUUUCAACAUUCAUUCAGAAAAUGUAAACGAUUCAAAAUCAAUGAUCAUACGAAAUGUGAAUAAAAA